AUGGACAUGGAAUCAAAAUCUGAUGAUACUCGCCUCAUUCAGCAUUCCCGGGACAAGGAACAAAUGGAAUACCACCAGCUUCAUUACCCAACAGAACAUGUAUACCUUCCACAGCCACCACACUUCACCUAUCUAAUUUAUGAACUUAAUUGUAUAAAUUGUAUUAAACUUUUUUUUUUUCCCCCACAGGUUGCAGUUCGGGGAUGCUUUUUAGGUAGUGUCUGUGGUAUUGGUGUUAUUGUCAGUUUUUUGAGUCCAGUAUCAUUUCAAAUCUUUGGAUGGUACUUAGUAGUGCUUACAUUCUUCCACUACUCCGAGUAUCUCACCACAGCAAUUGGUAAUCCUCGCACUCUGAGCUUAGAUUCGUACCUUUUAAAUCAUAGCAUAUCAUAUGGAUUGGCAGCGGUAACGAGUUGGAUAGAAUUCUUCUUGGAGUGGUGGUUCCUUCCGGAGAUGAAAACUCAGUGGAUUCUCAGCAUCCUUGGUAUAAUUGUAUGUUUAUGGGGUGAAAUUGUAAGAAAAUCGGCUAUGUUAACUGCCAAGACAAAUUUCAACCAUAUCGUGCAAACAAAACGUGAAGAAGGACACGAACUUGUUACAUGGGGUGCUUACUCACUAUUUCGUCAUCCCAGCUAUGUAGGGUGGUUUUGGUGGAGUAUAGGUACUCAGCUGAUUCUUAUUAAUCCUUUUUGCACUCUUGCAUACACUGUUGCUGCUUGGACUUUCUUUUAUGAACGGAUAUAUUUUGAAGAGAUGACACUUAUUAAAUUUUUUGGUGAGAAAUAUCUUGAUUAUCAAAAGAAAGUGGGAACUGGUCUUCCAUUCAUUAAAGGUUAUCAGUAUACUCCAGUUUGUAUCAGAGGUGAGCAUUAGAGCACAAAAUAUGCACAAAGGUAAUGACUGAUAUAUGUACUGUAAUUUUAAUAUGUAUACCUAGUUGAAUUUAUAUGCACUGCUGUAAUUUAUGCAUAAUGGAUGGAGUGCCUGUUUAAUGCAAGAGUGGAUAUGUAUGAUUACAUACAUUUGGAGUGAUUUUAUAUCAAUAUUACUUUUAAUUACUCAAAUAUGCAUUAUUUGAAAAGAAAAACAUUAUGUUACAUUUGUAUUUUUCUGCAGAAGCAUAAGAUAAUAAACUUUUCAGAAGUGGCAUAAAUUACGGAUGGAGUACCAAGUGAGAUGAGCUACCCUAGAGAAACAGAGUAGCACUUUUACUAAAUCUCUUCUCUGUUUUGUUAAUCUGUAUGAAAAAAUGCAUAGCUCGAAAGUGAACUUUUUAUUUUUAAUUUUAAUGUACUAUUCUCUUCUAGUACCUUGCAACCUUUAAUUUUGUGAAAUGUUAAAUAUUUGUGUUGAUAGCACAUGCAUUAUUGUAUGCAUGUCUUCCAACAUAUACAUCUAUAACUUAUGUACUGUAUUCAUCAGUUACUGUAUCCAGUACUUCAGGAUGCCAUUUUCAUAUAGACAUUGUUUUAAGGUGUAAGUUUGAAAUUAUUGUCUUUCAGUUGACUAUCAGCAAUUAUACAAACAGGAGAGGAUGAUAAGAUGACAUUCAGCCAGCAUAUUGAACAGCUUAAUUACCUAGCAUUGUGAGAUUAUUCAUUGGUUUAAAAAGUUGAUGUAAUAUUUAGUGGAAUCCCUGCUUGUCAAAAUUAUAAUAUGGAAUUAUUUAUAAUGUGAGCACAUUCAUAGGGAACAAACAAAAAAGUUGAAUACUUGCUAAGCAAGCUUCCACAUUGUUAUAAAUAGAAAACAGAGCAGAUGUAUUUUGUACCUCCAGCAAUUUAAAAACAGUUUUGAUGUGAUGGAAGGUGGAAAUAAUGCAGUGUAAUGGACUACCUAAACCUAUUGGUAAAGCAGACACUAAGAAUAACAUUACCAAUGAAAGUGUUAUCCCCAUGUGUACUUUGUUAUAAAUGAAAUGCAACUUGAAAUUUUUAAGCACUGGCAGUUUUGAUAAAUUUUCAGCGUUUGUUCAGCUAUCACAUAUCUCAGUACUGAUUUUGUCAGUAGAAGACAACUUGCAUAUUACGUUUUUGGGAUUGGCUGAGCAUUGUCUGGGUAUCAUAAAAACUAGAUUAUCCAUUUGGAGAUUGUGGGGAAAGAAUCAUAAUUAUUUAUGUUCUUGCAUUAAGUUUUUUUCCUUUAUAAUGUUAAUUUUGUAAGCUUUCACUCUUAAUACCCACCUGGGCAAGAUAGUUGUCUGCAACUUAAUUCUUGAAGAUAUUUCUGGACCUCCCUACUGGUUAGUUUAUCUGGAAACCUUCACAAGUCUGGUGGCUUUUUAGGGUUCUUUCAUAUGAAUGAUUACUCAUUAUGCAUGCAGCAUCCUAACAUCUACAACAGGUAUCACCUGUAAGUUGUGCAUAACUUUAAUUCCAAUUCUUUAUAAUAAUUCAUCUUUUGACAUGGCCAUAGAAUUCAGUAAGCUCUUAAGCCCUCCUUAGCUAAUCCUGCAGAUAAAACCACCCUCAGUACACUAUCCUCCAUUCAUAAAAUGUAACUUCCCAACAUUUUAAGCUGGAUUUAAUUGGUAGUAGAAGUUUAGAGCUGUUGCCACCCUUUCUUCAGAGUAACUCAUCCUCACUUGAUACAAUAACAGGUACUCCACGCCACAAGUAGAUUUACCUUAAUUUUGAAGUUUAUUGUAUCCACCUUUCAAUGAUGAGAUGUAAGUGAAUUAGUGGGUAAAAUGGGAAAUUAUAUUUUUUGAUGUUUUUACAAGUUUCUGUAUGUUGGUAAUUUUGCAUUCGGCAUUGUUACCUAAUACCAUUAAUAAUUGCAAUUACCAUUUCUACUGUGUUCCAAGACAGAAAUUUUCUGGACAUUGCUGCACCAUUAUUUCAGUAAUUGAAAAUCUAAGGUGUUGCCAACAGAUACAUUUGCUUUCAUACCUCAUUGUAAGCAUAGUGUUGGAGCAGGGUUUUUUCCAGUCAUAAAACAUUGCAAACUGAGUUCUUUUUAAUUGGGAAUAGGUAUAAUUUCCAGUUUUUUUUUUUUACAUCACAUCUUUUGCUUUGCUCACUUACUAAUAAAGUUAAAAGAUAUAUGUUUUAUACAUAAUUUUUAUUACAGUUUUAGUGUAUUAGUAAUGACUAGUAUAGAUACAGUAUACUUUUUUAAGGUUAGCUUCCCUAGUCAUUGUUGUCUGUCCUGAUGGAUCCUAACAAAUUCAGUAUUGUAUGCCUUUUUAAAUUCCAUAUUUUGCUUUUACAUUAUUUUUCUCUAUAGUAUGUGACUAUCAACUUGGGAUCUUGUUCCCUCCAAUUAAGUCAAAGUCUCUGGAGUUGGUAACCUUAUUGCAGGUUUACAGUUUGUUGUAGGUACCCUGACAUUUACAGCUUUAUCAUGUAAAUCAAAUAGACCAGGUACUAUACUUUCAUUUUGUACUUGUAGAGACUUAUUUGCUGUAAACAUGAUAAACUGGUAAACUUUUAGUUUUACUGGUAUGAUUUUCAGAGUAAGCUGCCGUCUGAAAAUGAUGAAAUAUUUAUUUCUUUUGUUUUUUUGUCCAUUUCAAAUAGAAAUAACACUGCUAAACAUUAAGAAUGUAACUGUUAUCUAAUUUUGUAAUUGUUUUACAGGUUUAUUUUGAUGAGAACAGAAUUAUACUCUAUAUACAAUUAAUCAUCUCACAAAAUAAGACAUGGCGCAGCAAAGUUAUUAAUAUUAACAGAACCUCCUGAAGGAAAACUAAAAUAAUUAUACUGUACCUGAUUUGGCCCUAGACAGUGUAUUGAUGUUGCUUUGUCUGGAAGUGACUUUUGGGUCCCAUUUAUUGUGUAGCAGUGCAAUAUAAAUAAUUACAGAAAAUUUGGAUUUAAAUCCAGACCAACAUUUUAUGUCAAUAAUGCUCUCAACAACUAUAUUUAACUGAAGGACAUUAGUCACUGUCAUCAGAUAUAAAUUGAUAUGGUUUAUAAAAUGCUGCAUGAAACUACACAACAUACAUAAUUGGCAGUUACCUGGAAAUUGGUAAGAGGCUUUCUACUGGAUUGAUUUUCAAUUAAAGACAUGCUAUAAUUGCAAAUAACAAGAUGUACACUUGUCAUUAAUGUCUGUGCUCUAUACUAUUAAGUUGAUAGCUUUAGUGAAGAUAUGGUAUGUUAAUACGCAUUGUACUGUAUAUUAAAUAAUCUUAAGAGUAAGGUAAAGACUGUUACAGAUUAAUGCUAUGUAGUAUUAAUUUAUAGAUUGUGGUAUUUAUACUAACAGUAUUUUGACAAGUGUUAGAUUUAGAUUUAGGAAUCUUUUUGAUGCCAAAUGUAUAUUAGAUGGUGUGAUAUAGGUUACUGGAACAAUUAAUGAUAUAGCACAUUGCUGUAUUAUAGUAAUAAGGGUAAUGCUGUAAUGAAUUUGUAGUGUACGUAGAUGUUUGAAUGAGAGUAUUUAAGUAUGGCAACACCUUUUCCUGUACUACAAAAAUUAGAUUCAUAAUGCUGCAGUCUGGAAUGCUGACCUUUCUAAACAAAAAUUAAUUGUUACAGUUUUGAUGUGUCAAUGAUUGUUAUUUACCUACUGAUUAAUAAUAGACAAUUGAA